GAAACAGACACCGAGAGGUUGAGUCACUCGCCCAAGGUCUCCGAGCGCUGGAGUGGGACUCGAACCCCGGCAGCCCCAGGCCUCCCACUGGGAGCGUCUCCUUUUCCUACUUAGGUGCGGGCGCUUUUUCGCCUCCUCCAAACUUGGCCGCACGCAAGGGAAGAGGCCUCGCCGCCCCGCACGACCUCGCCGCGCUCAGCAAGUUCAAGGCUGCGGGGGGCGGGCGCGGGGCGCGGGGCGGCGGAGCGGCGCCGCCUCCCGGGAUUUAACCCCAGUCUGGAGUCCGCGGGGCGCGGGACGCUCCCGCUCCUCCCAGCUCGCGCCUCCCCCUCCUCCCAGCCGUCUCCCGGCGCGCCCCACCCUCCGCCCCGCGCUCGCCUCGAGCGCAGGCACCGGCCGGCGGGCGCGGGGAGCAGGGAGCGGGGCGCGGGCGGCGCUCGCCUCUGCGGAGCCGCCCCCUGGCCGCCGCCGCGCACUGCCCAGCCCUAGCCGCCCGUGCUGCCUCCCCGGCCGUCCGCACCGAGAGCGCCGCGGCAGCUCCAGCCCGGACGCCGGCCCGAGCGCCCCGCAGACGGGCGGGCGGCCGUGGACGCGCGGCCAGCAGCCCGCAGCAUGGAUUCGGAUUCCGGCGAGCAGAGCGAGGGCGAGCCCGUGACCGCCUCAGGUCCUGAUGUUUUUAGUUCAAAGAGCCUUGCCCUUCAAGCCCAGAAGAAGAUUCUGAGCAAAAUAGCCAGCAAAACCAUGGCCAACAUGUUGAUUGAUGACACCAGCAGUGAGAUCUUUGAUGAGCUCUACAAAGUCACCAAAGAGCACACCCACAACAAGAAGGAAGCCCACAAGAUCAUGAAAGACUUAAUCAAGGUGGCGAUCAAAAUUGGGAUCCUCUACCGGAACAACCAGUUCAGCCAGGAGGAGGUUGUUAUCGUGGAGAAGUUCAGGAAGAAGCUGAACCAGACCGCCAUGACCAUUGUCAGCUUCUAUGAGGUGGAAUACACCUUCGAUAAGAAUGUGCUCUCCAAGCUCCUACAUGAGUGCAAGGACCUGGUGCAUGAACUGGUGCAGCGACACCUGACGCCCAGGACCCACGGGCGCAUCAACCAUGUCUUCAACCACUUUGCUGAUGUGGAGUUCCUCUCCACCCUUUAUAGUCUGGAUGGAGACUGUAGGGCCAACCUCAAGAGGAUUUGUGAAGGAAUCAAUAAAUUGCUAGAUGAGAAAGUCCUUUGAAUGCCUUCCCUCCUCUUGGACUUUGCUGCAUUCAAGUUACAGCAUCCAACGUGGUCUCAGUGAGAGUCAAGAAAACAAGAAGAAACCCUUGUCAAAGAUGCCCAUGUUCUGUCCUGUUCAUUCCUCUGGUGUUGAUGCCGAAUUGAGUUCAAUUGUGUUUAUCCCCUGAGCUCACUGAUGAGGUCUGUACUUAAAAUCACCUUUGUUUGCAAGCCCAAAAGACAUUUCAUCUACUCUAAGCAGAAAGGCUGCUCUGCUCAUCAAGUGAGCUCAGUCCAUCUUGUGGAGUGGGAGGAGCCCUGGACCAGGAGUUGGAGGACAUGGAUUUGGUUCCCAGCUCCACCACUCUGUCCUCUAGAUCCUGGAACCAUCAUUCCUGCCUGCCUGCCUCCCAGGGCUGCUGUGAGGAUCGAUGAGAUGAUGUAUAUUCAUGCUUUCGAAAAUGCUAAUGUAAGGUCUUAGUAUUUUCUCUUCGGAGUGUGGAUCUGUUCAACCUGAAUCCAGAGGAUCAAGCAGCAGAGAAGAAAAGAAUAAUAGUCUCUGAUGGGCUGGGUUUGCAAUCUGUCUGUAGAUGUGGUGUUUCAAACAAAACAAAAAUGAAUCAAAAGGUUUGAAAAAGUAUAGGUACAAAUUGGAAAAAUGUUUUUCAAGAGUUGUGUUUUUUAAGUUUAUGAUCCUACAGAGGGAACCUUCUGGAAGGGUGGAGAGUUUCCCACCCAUAAUGUAGAAGCAGAGAAUUGUGCUCCCCCUGCGGGACGGGCCUUCCCCCAUGGAAGGGGCAUUAUCCGUGAGGCAUGGGGAGGAUUUAUCCCAGCAUGCACAGGAGAGUCAGGCAGAACGAAGCCCUAACUGUCUUUCUUGGCCUUCCACAGUCAUUUUGUGCUGUUUUCUCUGGUUCAUUAAUAAAUUGAAACUACCC